GAAGCGGCGCCGGCGACAGCAGGGACGCGGCGCUCCCCCCAGGGCCACUGCCGGGAGGCCCAGCCAAUCCAAUGCACCCUGACAACAAGCUGUCCGGCCAUGGCAAGACGGGAGGCGGCGGCGCCCAGCCCCAGGCGCCCAGCGUGAGCCAGGGGCCCGCCUGCAGCCUGGGCGCCAAGGGUGUGGGGGCCGGGGGCCAUGGCGGCAAGGUGAGCCAGCCCAGCCCCGGCCACCCUGGGCUGAAGAGCGGCCAGGCGCCCGUGCCCGUCUUCGGGGCCCUGAAGGGCAAGGUGAAGCGGGAGCGCAGCGUCUCGGUGGACUCCGGGGAGCGGCGCGAAGCCAGCGCCGCCUCGCUGGACAAGGAGCUGAAAGGCGAAGCGGCCCCACGGAGCAAGCGGCGCUGCGUGCUGGAGCGGAAGCAGCCCUACAGUGGCGACGAGUGGUGCUCCGGCGCAGACAGCGAGGAGGAGGAGAAGCCCCUCAGCAGCGCCCAUGGUUGUAAUGUACCGGAGUCGGCAAUGACCACUGCCUCACAGCUGGGCCCUGGAUCCAACCCGCUCCCCGCCCUGAACGAGGGUGGCGCGGCCAGCACACCCCACGGCACAGCCCCAGGCCUGAGGCCGGACGCCGGGGGCGGCGGGGGGAAGCCACCCCUGCAGUUCGUCUAUGUCUUCACCACGCACCUUGCUAACACCGCUGCCGAGGCUGUUCUUCAGGGCAGGGCGGACUCCAUCCUGGGCUACCACCAGCAGCAUGUGCCCCGGGCCAAGCUGGACCAGACCUCCGCCCCGAAAAUCCAGGCUGCUCCGGAGCCGCUGCCGAUCGACCCCUCGCCGGCCGGCACCCCACAGUCCCAGCCCGCCAUGCCGCCCAGCAGCCAGGCCCAAGGACCACCCGCGCCCCCGGCACCGCCCGCCCAGCCUGCAGCACCUCCCGCCCUGGGGCUGGGCCCGGGGCCACUGCCCACGCCCACCGGAGCUGUCCCGCCGGAGGCGCCUGCUGAGGAGAGCCACCGGGACUUGACGCCCAACUCAGUGGGGAACGGCAGCAGCAGCAGCACCGCCCCCGGCGGCACCCACCCCAGCACCCCCACGGCCCCCGGCGCCCUGCCGGCUGGCUCUGCGGACGGCCUGCUGGGGGAGGGUGCCCCCCCAGGGGGGCCCUCCGCGGGGAACGGGCCCCGCAGCGCCCUGAACGCCGAAGGCCUCUCCAAGGAGCAGCUCGAGCACCGGGAGCGCUCCCUGCAGACUCUGCGGGACAUCGAGCGGCUGCUCCUGCGUGGCAGCGAGGCCGAGCCCUUCCUCAAGGGGGGGCCCGGGGCGACGGAGGUGGGCGCCCUGCCCGCCCCGGCCCCUGCCCCCGGCCCGGCCCCCUCGGCCCCGCAGGCCCCGCCGCCCGGGGCCGGCCUGAAGAAGUACGAGGAGCCACUGCAGUCGAUGAUCUCGCAGACGCAGAGCCUGGGGGGGCCCGGCCUGGAGCCCGAGGGGCCGGGGCCGGGGCCGGCCGGGGUGGACCUGGGCCAGCAGAUGAACCUGAUGAUGCAGCGGCUGGGCCAGGACAGCCUCACCCCGGAGCAGGCCGCCUGGCGCAAGCUGCAGGAGGAGUACUACGAGGAGAAGCGCCGCAAGGAGGAGCAGGGCGCCCUGCACAGCGGACGGCCCCUGCCGGACGUGCUGCUGCCCCAGCCCAUGGGCCCCGUGAUGCUGCGUGGCCCCCCGCCCCCCUACCACAGCAAGCCGGCCGAGCAGUGGCUGCUGCGCGGCGUCCCCGUGGACGUGCAGGAACAGCUGCAGCUGCGGCCCUCCUUCGCCGGGCCGCGCUUCCCCAGCGGCCAGGUGCAGCCGCGGGGCUUCGGGGGCAUGCAGAGCCUGCCGCUGGAGCCGCUGGGGCCCAUGGGCGCCGCGCAGCGCCCGGCCCGGCCUGGCCUGGCCUGGAGCGACGAGAUGCCCAUGGGGGCGCCCGGCGGCUUUGCCCCCGGGGGCCUGCCCUACACGCCCCUGGGGCAGGGGGAGGGCGAGCGCUUCCUGGCGCCCCGGGCCCGCGAGGAGCUGCUGCGGCACCAGCUGCUGGAGAAGCGGCCCGGCGCCAUGCAGCGGCCCCUGGGCGUGGAGGUGGAGCGCAUGAUGCAGGCGCACCGCCCGGUGGAGCCAGCCAUGUUCGCCGGGGAGGGCCUGGGCCUGGAGUUCGGCGGCUCCCGGGCCAUGCUGAGCCCCCCGCUGAGGGACAUGGAGCCUGCCCUGGGCCCCCCCGGCGGCAACCUCAACAUGAACAUGAACGUCAACAUGAACAUGAACAUGAACCUGAAUGUGCAGAUGACGCCACAGCAGCAGCAGGUGCUGAUGUCGCAGAAGAUGCGCGGGCCGGAGCUGCUGCCCGCCGAGGAGAUGGCCCGGGUGCGGGCCCCAAAUGGCACUGGCACCAUGAUGGGCGGCCCCCAGAAGAUGAUGAUGGGCGCGGCCUUCCCCGGCCAGGGGGGGCCCCCGGCGCAGCAGCCACAGCCGCCGGGCUUCCCCGCCCUCCAGGGCCCAUUCCCCGCUGGGCCGCAGGAGAUGGGCAGCGCGCCGGACAUGUUUGGCCCCGAGCAGGGGGGCAUGGGCCACACCACACGGCUCAGCCACAUCCCGCUGCCCCCAACCACCAGCGCCCCCGCCGCGAACAUGCACCAGGCCCCCGGCCGGGGCCUGGGCCGCCGCCCCUCCGACCUGGCCCUCAACGUGGGGCAGGUGAACUCUCCCGGCGUCGGCCGGCUCAAGUCUCCGACCCUCGGCCAAGUCCACUCCCCGCUGGGCACGUCCCCCUCUGCCAACCUCAAGUCUCCGCAGACGCCCUCUGCCCUGGUCAGCCUGCCGGCCGCCAGCACCCCGCUCAAGUCCCCGCAGGUCCUCGGCUCCGUGCUCGGCGUCCACUCCCCCACCAGCUCGCCGAGCCACCUCAAGUCGCCCUCCAUGGCCGUGCCGUCUCCCGGGUGGGCUCCAUCCCCGAAAAACGCCCUUUCCAGCCCUGGCAUCGGCCAGAGCAAGGCGGCCCCCGGAAUGAGCAGCUCCACGCCGCUGGGCAGCAUCGAGCCAGAUCCGGCCCCGUCACAGAACCCCUUGUCACUCAUGAUGUCCCAGAUGUCGAAGUACGCCAUGCCCAGCUCCACCCCGCUCUACCACAACGCCAUCAAGACCAUCGCCACGUCGGACGACGAGCUGCUCCCUGACCGGCCGAUGCUUCCGCCGGGCACCAUGGCUGGCAUGGCGGGCAGCCAGCCCUCGCAGAUGCACAUGAACUCUGUCGGGCCCGCGCCAGCGCAGAGCCCCAUGGGCAUGAACCUGCCGGGCCAGCAGCCGCUCUCGCACGAGCCCCCGGCCCCCGCGAUGUCCUCGCCGAGCCCGCUGGGCACCACCAUGCCGCUGCACGGCGGCGGCGCACCGCAGAACCCGAUGAUGCUGGCCCCGGGCCCCCAGGACCCCCUGGGCCAGCCCUGCGGCCCGCCCGGCCAGCUGGCCUUCCCCCCGCGCCUCCAGCCGCCCCCCAGCAACGGCGGGGGCAGCCUGCCCAUGGGCCCGGGGGGCGCGGGCGGGCCUGGCCUGCAGCAGCACUACCCGCCCGGCCUGGGCCUGCCGCCGGAGGAGCUGCAGCCCCCGCCGCCCCCGCCCCCGCCCCCGCAGCGCCUGGCCGGGAGGCUGCCCGAAUCCUACGCGGCGGCGGUGCUGCCCGGCGUGGCCUCGGUGCUCAGCGACCCGGAGCUCAGCGACGUGAUCCGGCCCACGCCCACCGGCAUCCCCGAGUUCGACCUGUCGCGCAUCAUCCCGUCCGAGAAGCCCAGCAGCACGCUGCAGUACUUCCCCAAGGGCGAGGGGCAGCCGGGCAAGAUCCAGCACCCCUCCAACCUGCACCUGAUGAGCCUGCAGAACAUGAUGGCGGAGCAGGCCCCGGCGCCCGGCCCGGCCCCGGCCCCGGCCCCCGCCCGGCCCGGCCCGCAGGGCAUGCAGCGCAGCAUGGCCCUGUGCCACCCCGGACAGGUGCCCGGGCUGGGCCGGGCGGGCCUGGCGCCCCCGCAGGCACUGCUGGGGAACAGCCUGCCGCAGGGCGUGAUGCUACCGCAGCAGAGCCUGGUGGCCCAGCAGAACUUCCUGCUCAUGCAGGCCAAGCAGCGCAGCAUGUCUGUCUCCGGCGAGAUGUACGCGCAGCCCGGCCACAUGCUCUCCCCGCAGGGCUCGCUCAUGGGCCCCCCGGGCCCCCAGCAGAGCCUCCUGGUCUCGCACCCCCUGCGGCAGCGCAGCGUCUCCCUGGACGGCCAGAUGAGCUACGGCCCGGGGGCCGGCAGCAUGGCCAACCUGCCCUUCUGAGGCGCGGGCAGCCCCCGUGUUGCGGGGGGGCGGCCCCCGCCCCGCGUUUGGUCGGGAUCCUUCCUCUGAGUGUGACUCCCCUCCCUCCCCCCCGCCACCCGCUCUCUCGCCACUUUUUUUAAGCAACCAAAUGCGCAAGAGGAUCUGGAACAACUGUAAAUAGGUCAAAGCGGAGGCAGCAGCAAGGAGUUUUGCUGGCUUGGAAUUGUUUGUAUUUCUGUGUUUUAAUGGAAGCCUCAAAACCUGUUUUUGGAAGCAACGAAAACACGACCCACUGACAAACCGCAGCUCUGUGUGGCCCGGGAAUCCCGCCGGGGGGCCUGGCAGCCUUGGCGCUGCCCUUCCAGGGCCGGCCCGGCCCUCUGCCCCAAAGGCCUUGGGGCAGGAGGUGGCCCUGGCUCCGGCCACGCCUCGCGCGAGACAGAGACGUCCUGCAGAAUGGCUGGGGGGGCAGCCUUCCCGGCGCCCCCUCCCGCCAGUCUCCACAAGACCCAGUCCCGAGCACUGGCAAGAGGCUGGCUCAGUGUGUCUCCUUUUCUGCGCAGGCUCUCCCGGUACCCAGGAACUACGGGCCCCGUCAUCUGGCGCCCCCUGUCCCUGGGGGAUGUGGAGGCACGAGUGCUGGGUCCUCCAGCUUGCCCACAGUUGGCAGCCGUUCUUUGGCCAGCUUUCUCCGUGUGCCCUCUGGCAGCGCUGGCACUUCCUUGCGUGCCCCCUGCGCCUCCCCACCCUUCCCAGUCGCGCAGGCACUGUCCUCCCGUGAGCAGGUCGGCACUUCCUGCCCUCGGCAGAGGACAAGAGUAGAGCUUAAAAACGUCCCGGCUGUUGGAGCAGGGUGACAGCAGUUCCUGGACCUGGGGAGGCACUCGAGGUGCAGCUGGACAGCCACCUGAGGGGAUGGCAUAGCUCAGUGCCCUGCUCUGGGCAGGCGGUAGGACCCGGGACCCUCCGGCCCUUUCCGGCCCUGCUCUUCCAUGCUUCUGUGAACCAGACUGGGAGACGGUGGAGGGGCUGCGAGCCAGUCCGAGUCAAAGGCCCCCCUUGGGAAAUGGAGCCGGUCAGGUGGGUGCACACAGGUGCUGCCACGGGCCAGGUAGGUUCUCAGUCCAGACCUUCAAAAGCCCCACGGUCAGAUGUCCCCAGACCAGAUGAUGUGCAGAGAAGGAAAGCCAAGAGCUCGCGCUAGCUCGGCUCCGGUGCGGCUCUCGGCAGGGCUUGGCUGCAGCGUGGCUCCAGGCAUGCAGAAACAGAGCUGCCUCGGAGGUGGGCAAAGUCACCUGCCCCACGCUCUGGCACAUGCAGGUGCCCAGCAUAAGGCGAUGCCCACAUCUCCCCUCGGCGCCCUCCUGCCCUCCAGUGACGGGCGCAAGCGGCGCUCGGCAUCGGCGCUCCUGUGCUUCCGCUCGGCCCCUCUACACGCGAGGAGAGCCUCCACGCCGAGCAGGGAGUCCCGUGGGGCUGCGGCACCUCGCACUUGCCAUGCUUCGGAGCCCUCCAAGUGCACGUCUGCUGGUAAAGCCAUAAACGCCUGCCCUGGUUCGGCCCGUGCGUUGCGUCCUUCGCCACCCCACAAGUAAACGGCGCUCCCUGCGCCACCCGCCCGGGCAGGGGGAGUGCAGCUGACGCCAGGAGUGGCCCUUCCCUUUGGAGGGGGUCCCUCAUCCCAGCCCCCCCCCCGCCCUGCCCGGGGGCAAUGAGGCUCCGGGAAGGCUGCCACGGGUGUACCGGCUUUUCGAGGGGGGGAGAGGUGUGGGGGGAGGCUGUCUGCCAGCUGCAGUGAGCGUCGGGGGGAGAUGGCCCCGAUGUGCCCCAGGCCCCGGGGGGCGCUGCUCAGCCGCGGCCCACCGUCCAGUCCCUCUGGCGGCCACGCGGGGCGAGCAGCACCGCCUUCCAGCCCGUGUCUUCCUCGCGGCGGGCGGCAGCCUGGGCCGCUCCCGGCUCAGCUCCUCCCCGGCCGGCCCACCCGCCGCCGCCUCGGCCGGCCAUGAGCGCGGUCCGGCCUCGUGUCUCGCGCUUUCUCGCUCGGCCCGGCUUGCGUGAUGCCUGCUGGAGCCCUCCCGGCCCGCUGGCUGCGGCCAGCCUAUUUCCCGUGCCAGGCGAACGGACGCCAUACGGUUUUGCCGGCCCCAAAGCAGCAGUGGGCGUGAGUGCGCCCGGGGAGGGGAUGGGCCGCUCUCCUGCCCCCACCGGGGGCGACCCCUCCCAUGCCACCCAUGCAUUUUGUACCAUUCUAUAAAUAUAUAUAUAUAUAAAUAUAAAUAUAAAUAUAUAAAUACAAUAUGUGAAGACAUCUUACUGGUUUUUAUUUUGAAAUGAUUUCUAGGCUUGUUUUGGGUAUCUGUGCUGCCUGUAAUGUAUUGAUUGACCUGUUUUAUAGGUGCCUUUUUAUUAAAAAGACAUUUCAAAACAUG